AAAGAAAACCAACCCCGUCGAGCCAGCUCCAGCCUUCUCUUCCAACCAACCUCAUCAUCCAUCCGCUGCCGUUUGUCCCUCCCACCCCCACCAACCAAAACCCCCAACCGCCAAGGCCGCGCCGCGCCGCCUCUCCGCCGGUGACUUCGGCCGCUGGGAUGGCGUUCCACUACCCUGACCAGGGGCUCUCCAUGGACGCGGCCGCCGCGUCGUCGCUGAACCCUAGCGGCUUCUCCCCCGGCGGCGAGGAGAGGGAGAAGGCGGCCAUCGCGGCGCACCCGCUCUACGAGCGCCUGCUGGAGGCGCACGUCUCCUGCCUCCGCGUCGCCACCCCCGUCGACCAGCUCCCCCGCAUCGACGCGCAGAUCGCCGCCCGCCCGCCGCCCCUCGCAGCCGCCGCUGGGGCCGCCGCUGCGGGUGGGCCCUCCGGUGGCGAGGAGCUCGACCUCUUCAUGACACAUUAUGUGUUGCUCCUUUGCUCAUUCAAGGAACAACUCCAGCAGCACGUACGUGUUCAUGCAAUGGAAGCAGUGAUGGGUUGCUGGGAUCUUGAACAAUCUUUACAAAGCCUAACAGGGGCAUCUCCUGGUGAAGGCACUGGAGCGACCAUGUCUGAUGAUGAAGAUAACCAGGUGGAUAGUGAGGCCAACAUGUUUGAUGGAAACGAUGGGUCAGAUGGUAUGGGCUUUGGCCCCCUAAUACUGACGGAGGGUGAACGAUCCUUGAUUGAACGUGUACGGCAGGAGCUGAAAAAUGAGCUUAAGCAGGGUUACAAAGAAAAGCUUGUUGAUAUAAGGGAAGAGAUUCUCCGCAAGCGCAGAGCUGGUAAACUUCCUGGGGAUACUGCAUCUAUAUUGAAAGCUUGGUGGCAAGCUCAUUCCAAGUGGCCAUACCCAACUGAAGACGACAAGGCUCGACUGGUGCAGGAAACAGGAUUACAGCUAAAGCAGAUCAACAAUUGGUUCAUCAACCAACGCAAACGGAACUGGCACAGCAACCCAACAUCCUCUGGUGAAAAGACCAAGAAGAAAAGGUAAUGACGGCCCCGAGCCAUCUUGAUGAAGCUAGAUGUAAACUGUACCUUAUUGUGAGCAGUGUAGUAUAUUCUCCUGCACUCUGCAGCCAACAAGAUUUGAAGACCGACCCGUUCAGAGGGAAAUUUCUAAAAAACGAUGCAUCUUGUGGACCUAGCAUUCACCUAACGUCUUAGUUUGACCACGUUGAACUGAAAGUUGGUAAUGCCUUUGCAGUAUAGCUUUCUCUAAUGUGAUCUGUGAAUCAUGUGUUGUAUAACCGACGAACUGAAGGAAGUAAUUUAUGUUUUAUGUAAUUGUGUAUUUUAUCGUUAAUGAUAUUUCAGGGAGAAAUCACGAUUCAGAUUGGCUGCUCCCUUCUUCUGAUAUAUGGCACAAUAUUGCCGGUGUGUAAUACAUGUUUGGUAAUCAUUCUGUUCAAAGUGCACCUGAAGAGUAUGUAAUGGAAGAUAUGUCCAGUUAUGUCAUGCGUGUAAGCUGCCUGUUCAUUCUUUAA